CGCCCGUGUUCCGUGGAUGUGAACGAGCGGCUCAGGCAGACCCAGCGGUAAACAGUGCGGGCAAGAUGGUUCUCGAGAGCACUAUUAUAUGUGUUGACAAUAGUGAAUACAUGCGAAAUGGAGACUACGUGCCAACACGUCUCCAAGCUCAGCAGGAUGCAGUUAACACCAUUUGCCGUUUUAAACUUAGGUCUAAUCCUGAGAACAAUGUUGGCCUCCUCACCUUAGCCAAUACUGAGGUCCUUGCAACACUGACGACAGAUGUUGGGAAAAUCCUGACAUCACUGCAUAAAGUAAUGCCAAAUGGGUUCAUCAAUCUCCUGACUGGUAUACGAAUUGCUCAUUUAGCGCUGAAACACCGUCAAAGUAAAAACCACAAAAUGCGUAUUGUUGCCUUUGUGGGAAGUCCAAUUGAGGCUGACGAAAAAGAAAUCAUUAAGGUAGCCAAACGCCUCAAGAAGGAGAAAGUUAACAUUGACAUUGUUAACUUUGGGGAGACAGUCCAGGAUAUCAACCAGUCUCUGUUGGAGGCCAUGGUGAGUACCAUCAAUGGCCGAGAGGGUGGUGGAUCACACUUGGUCACUGUGCCUCCUUCACCUCAUCUAGCAGAUGCCCUCUUGUCCUCGCCUAUUGUCCAGGGUGAGGAUGGAGGAUCGGCUGCAAGCUUUGCAACAGGCGGGGGCUUUGAGUUUGGUGUUGAUCCUAAUGAGGAUCCAGAACUGGCACUGGCUCUGCGUGUGUCUAUGGAGGAACAACGGCAGAGACAGCAGGAAGAGGAACGUCGUGCUGCUCAGGAAUCGGCAGCAAAGGCUCCAUCUGCUGAAGCUACACCUCAGCCACCUGCCACGACACCAACACCACAACCUGCUGCAACAGAAGGUGGUCAAUCUGAAGAGGAGAUGUUACAACAAGCUCUAGCAAUGUCACUGGAAGUUGGAGGUGCUGGUGGCUCAACACAAGCUAAAGGAUCCACUGCUGCCAAGCCAGCUGCAGCUCCAAAAGCUGCCCCUGCUGCUGCUGUUCCAGACUUCUCUGCAAUGACAGAAGAAGAGCAGAUUGCAUAUGCAAUGCAGAUUUCUAUGCAGGACUGUGCAGAGCCUAAGGAGGAACCAAUGGAUGUGGAUACACCAAGUGAAGACAGAGGUGCAAAGGGAGUAAAGGAAAGCUCAGAGGUGAAGAAAGAGGAGGAGGAACAGGAUUUCUCCCAGGUCAUGGCAGAUCCAGCCUUUCUAGAGAGUGUCUUGCAAAACCUGCCUGGCGUUGACCCCCAGAGCCAGGUUGUCAAAGAGGCUGUAGGGUCUCUCACUCAACAGGACAAGGAUAAAGAGAAGGAUAAGGAUAAGAAGAAAGAUGAGAAGAAAUAAGAUAUUUUUAUAUGUGUGAGGAGAACACUUAUCUUAAUAGCAUUAUAGUUCUCAGCUCAAAUUAAGAAAUGUUUCCUUUUUUUAUAAGAAUAGUUUCUCUUUUUUUGUAAACUGGGAAAGCAUUUGUUUAUACAAGUGAAAAAAUCACUUGCAUAAAUUUAUUUGUAAAGUCUGUUUGAUUUUUUUCUCUAAGGUAGGGGUUGUUUAGCUAUCAAAUAACCAGAUGCUGAGAAAGUUUCCCCAACAGUUAGCUUAAGUUCAGAUAUACUUUGUGUCAAAAGCAAUCUUAAAAAAUUCUUCUCUUGGCAACAUGGCUGGGUGUCUGUUCUGCAGCAACCUUACAACACUGCUCUGAACAGGCUAGUAUAAAUAUGCUGCAUAAGCAGUUUGGUCCAUGUUUGAUGGCCAAUUUAAAGUCCAUGAAUAAAGCUUAAAUAAAAAGUAAAAGAA